UCUACACGUUCUCUGGCCUGAACGUUGGGCUUGACGUCACGGUGGACGUGCGCCUAGCGAGCGGGAAAAUAGAAAUAUGAUUAUUUUGAGUCGUUUUUAAAGUGUAACCAAGCCAAUGUUCAGCUUCCACAUAGGUGCGAAAAUAUUAUCACGGAGUAAACGAGCAGGCGAGGGUGAAGUGAGUCCGAGGAGGAGGUGAGGAAUGUGAGCACCGCCGUCGUUUGUUAGCUCAACUUAGUUAACCUAGCUUUGUUCCGCCUGUUUGAAUUUCCUGCCCAACGUAUCGCCCGAGUUUUAAAUUCGGAGUCCAGCGCAGCUCGGAGAUCAAGAUCUCCGUCACGCUAACGGACAUGGCAGUUUAAAUGCUUUGCAGUGUAACAGAGACACACACACGUACCAGACCCGGAAUGUAAGGAAAGUACACUCGCAAAGAAAGUAGUGAGUCAGCUGAGCGAGCUGUGAUGAAACACCAGAGUUUUUCAAAGUCUGUAAAGGCAGAAAUUCAAGCAGACUCGAAGCUGGACGACCACGGGCAAAAGAGACCAGCAUGUAAAAGUAAACCUCGACCGACAUGUGAGCCUCUUCAUAAGAAGCCCUUUACCGGGCGUGUGUUUUACUUGGACCUGCCGUGUAAUAAACGGAGCCAGACUUUGGAGAGUGACAUCAAGAGCCUCGGGGGGACGGUGGAAAAGUUCUUCAGUAAAGAAAUUCGGUAUUUGGUGUCCAAUAAGCCUGAAGCUCGCCAUGUGCAGAGGCUGGUACAGGACUCCCCGGUGCCCAGCCCAGACUCGGGGCUGAGCUCCCCCCAUCCGGCCAGCAAGAGGGACAGUCAUGGACACAGGGGCAGCUCGCAGGGACCCACUGACACGGCGGUUGUUAGCAGAGGGAAGUCAUUAGUGGAGAAAGUCGUAAAGGAACAAGAGCGUGUUCAGAUUAACAGAAUUCUGGCCAAUGCACUUGAAUGGGGCGUGAAAAUCCUCUACAUUGAUGACGUAAUUUCGUACAUUGAUAAGAAAAAGACCAAACUCUCACAGGAGAGUACAGUGAGGCACACCGUGAGGACAGCUGUACAACCUGAUGCCACAGAGAGGCCUGCGUUUCAGAAAUGCAGUGCUGGACGGAUCAGUCGCCCCUUUGUUAAAGUGGAGGACUCAAGCAGGCACUACCGCCCCAUCUAUCUGCCAAUGGCCAAUAUGCCCGUGUGUAACUUCAAAUCUGCUGCCCCUUGCAGUCCGUUCUUAGUGGAUGAAAAUGAUAAUGAUGCCCCCGGAAAGAAAACUAAAGUGCACGGGUCUGAGAGAGAUCGAGGAGUAAAGGGUAGGAAAGACAGACGUAGAGGCCAUGAAGGAAAAGCUCGGAGGAAAGGGGGCUACUGUGAAUGCUGCUUAGUCAAAUAUGAUAGCCUUAAAGCUCACCUGCAAGGUGAGCAGCAUCAGGCUUUCUCUAAGAGUGAGGAGUACUUAGUGGUGGACAGAGUUAUAUCAGGACUGACUUGUGACCUCAUACAAAUCAGCACCCAAACAAAAAGGGUGAAGUGCAGUGUGUCCUCUCCAGUCCUCGCCCCUGGACCAGCCAUAAAGACUGAAGGGGAAGAGGGAGUUCUGGAAGUUGAAGAAGAGAAGGUGACAGCGUUCACGCUCUGGAGUUCUCACAACACAGACUUUAGUGGUGGAACACCUCGACCACUCCGCAAACGCUGCAGAGCGCUUUCUCUGAGUCCCGAAGAAGAUGCGGCAGAGCAGUCUGAUGCCCUAGAGAAAUCGGAGUCCAAGCGUGGGUCCUUUGAAUGGGGGUCCAGUUCAGCUUUACACAAGGCUUUGACUGCAUCACUGUGCAAUUCCAAGAAAGGCUGCUAUUCUGACUCUCUGCAGAGGAGCAGGACACCAUUGCAUGUUCAUUCAAAACCAAGGACUUCGCUGAGUGCGCAACCAGCUCGCCGUCAUGUUAGUUGUAAUCAGCUGGACGCAAGAUCCGUACGGGAAACUCAAGGAACUAAUGUGGUGGCAGAGCCAUCUGGAACGAGCCAGCCGAACGUUCAUGCUACACAAAAAACAGUUUUGGAUGUCACAGGUAUGCAGAGGCCUCUGUCCAAAGCAGGUCAUGUGCCUGUCAGAACUGAGCAGCCUUCUGACACAACAACCCAUGGGUCAGUCACUGUUGAAAGGUCUCUGUCCAGCAGAGGAUACGAACUAGUCAGUACAGACAGUCCAUCCAGAACCUUGCAGAGGAAAGUGCGGAACUCCAGGCGUAGACGGAAAGCUCUAGCAGAGGCUUCGCAAGGUCUCUCUGGUAAACGUGUAGAACCACUGACCCCUCAGACCUUCGGUAAAGCCUCCGAGCCAUUGACUCCCUCCGCUUCUGCCCAGGACUUGUGUUACCUUUUUAUGUCCGGCGACGACAUAGAAGACGAAUUUAAGGGCUUUUAGGAUUAGCGGGAAAUGGACAGAAAAGUCUACGUCGGAAAUCCAAAGGAGGAUUCUUACAAAGAGAGUUGCGUGUCACAAAUGUUCAGAUGUAUUUAUUUGUGUAUCUCUGUGGGAGAUAUUGACGUUCCUUAACAGAUGACCUGUCAGGUACAGGAGCAAAGAUGUGGGCAUCUAGUGCAGCUUAUAUAAAAAAAAAUAUAUAUAUAUACAUACAAACCCCAGAACGUUAACUUUAGUGGAUUUCUGUUUGAGGUUGAUGUGGCACAUCUGUGAGAAAUUGACUCUGUACAGUAAAUUUGAAAGGAGCAGAUACCCUGCAGAUUUAUUUGGGUAAAAUCACAAGCUCCAGUAUUAAAUUGCUUCCAGUCAGUAUGUCCUUUAUUUUGGUAGGGCUGCAUGGCUGGUUGCCCCGUUCAACAUCCAACAGUAACUAUGUUACCAUCCA